AUGGUGCUGCAAAUGAUUCUGCGAUAUUUGGCAAACAACGAACAACUGAUACAACGUCUGGCCGAUUCCUAUCCAUUGCGCCGUGCAGCCCAGAUGGUGCUGAGUGCGUACUACCGGAGCCGGUCGAUAGCCGAACAGCAGAAACUCAUCGGAAUGUCCCCGGAACGACUGCAGCAAGUAAUACGCAAUUUUAAAACGAAUGUGCAGAAGGAGAUCGAGAAUGCAAAAAAUAAUUUGAGCAAAAAGAAGUGAAAAACGAUUGAAUCGAAUAUCAAACACUGAACAGUGUCGUGCUCCGAUGUAAUUAAAAUUUAUUUUUUUGAAAGUUC